CGGAGCCCCUGAGGGCUCCCCGGGGCUGCUGGAGCCUCUGGGUGCGGGCCGGGUUCGCUCGGAGCCCCUGAGGGCUCCCCGGGGCUGCUGGAGCCUCUGGGUGCGGGCCGGGUUCGCUCGGAGCCCCUGAGGGCUCCCCGGGGCUGCUGGAGCCUCUGGGUGCGGGCCGGGUUCGCUCGGAGCCCCUGAGGGCUCCCCGGGGCUGCUGGAGCCUCUGGGUGCGGGCCGGGUUCGCUCGGAGCCCCUGAGGGCUCCCCGGGGCUGCUGGAGCCUCUGGGUUCGUGUGCGUUGAGGACGACGCGGGCUGAGUCGGGAGAGGAGAGGAGAAAGCCAAGAGGCGAUUUUUGCUGAAGGCACGUGUGAGCUUCGCUGUAUUCCUGCCCAGGAGUUCCCCGUGUUCCCUGUGCAGUGCCCCGCUGUCACUAUGAAGGCCCUGUAUGCUCAGCAGAAUUCUCCUGGAGAGGAAAUUACAUUUGUGUUCCAGGAAAGAGAGAACCUUCCUGCCUGCAGAGCCCACGAUGUGAAGGUGCAGGUCAGGGCCUGUGCCCUGAGCUGGCUGGACACAAAGCUCCUGUCAGAAAUCCAACUGAAGAAGGAACUUGUGCCUGUGGGGCGAGAAAUUUCAGGAGUUGUGCUGGAAGUUGGAAGCAAGGUGACCUUUUUCCAGCCAGAUGAUGAAGUGGUGGGAAUUCUGCCCCUGGAUUCUGAGGAGUCUGGUGUCUGUGAAGUUAUCCUGGUUCACGAGCAUUAUUUGGUUCAGAAGCCACAGAAGGUGUGCUGGGCAGAGGCUGCCGGGACGCUCCGGGACGGGCUCCGCGCCUACACGGCCCUGCACUACCUGGCCCACGUGUCCCCUGGCACAAGUGUCCUCGUCCUGGAUGGAGCAAGUCCAUUUGGUACCAUUGCAAUUCAGCUGGCCCAACACAGAGGGGCCAAAGUCAUCUCCACUGCCCACAGCCUGGAGGACAAGCAGUACCUGGAGAGGCUCAGACCUGCUGGGGGAGUCUGGCAGCCUUUGGUGGCCCGAGUGAUGGACGUGUCUCACGGGAAGAUCGACGUGGCCGAGAGCUGCCUGGAGGAGACGGGCGGGCUGGGCGUGGACGUCGUGCUGGAUGCCGGAGUGAGGUUGUACAGUGCUGAAGAUGAAGCAGCCUCCAAAUGCCAGCUGCUGCCUCACAAGCACGACAUCAUCACCCUGCUUGGGGUCGGGGGACGCUGGAUAACCACGGAAAGGAACCUGCAGCUGGAUCCUCCAGACAGCCAUUCCUUGUUCCUUAAGGGAGCCACGGUGUCCUUCCUGAACGAUGAGGUCUGGAACUUGUCCAGUGUGCAGCAGGGGAAGUAUCUUGCCAUCCUGGAAGAUAUCAUGGAGAAAUUAUCAAAUGGCAUUUUCAGGCCUCAGCUGGAUGAACCCAUCCCAUUGUAUGAAGCCAAAGUUACUAUGGAAAUAGUUCAGAAGAAUCAAGCAAGGAAGAGACAAGUCAUCCAGUUCUGACAUACAACUUCUGAUUUCUCAGCUGGAGAAGAGAAAGUAAUGUAUUUGUGGAAUAAAUCAGUGUACACUUGCAGGCAGUGAACAGAAUUUAAACAUUCUUUGUACCUCAGCUCAAAUGGUCUCUGAAGCUUCCAUUACUUCAGGGUUUUUUAGAUUCCCUUGAGCAGAAUGUUCCCAUCAGCAGCUUCUAAAGAAGCUGCCUUGACAUAAAUAUCUUUUCUGCCCUGCCACAAUUAAAAAUGUCAGAAACAUCUACAGGCAAACUCAGUCACUGUUGGUUUUCAACCAGAAGAAAUUAAAGAGGGAAAAAAUAUUG